AUGAUUUCACGACUAAGUUUUUCUGCUGCUUCACGAUUACUAAGCUCAAAUUGCACAUUAACAUGUGCUCCAAUCUCACAUGUUGGUUAUCAAUAUCGAUCUGCGUCUACCAGUCCUAAUCUCAAUGAAGUCGUUAUUGUCAGUGCCGUACGAACACCAAUUGGUUCAUUUCGUGGAAGUCUUGCAUCUGUAUCAGCCACUAAACUCGGAGCUGCAGCAAUCAAAGCAUGCUUAGAAAAAGCAAAUAUACCAGGCAAUCGUGUACAAGAAGUUUAUAUGGGUCAUGUUGUUCAAGGUGGUGUUGGUCAAGCACCAGCACGACAAGCUUCAAUGUAUGCUGGUUUACCAAAAGAAACAUCAUGUACAACAGUUAAUAAAGUAUGUUCAAGUGGUAUGAAAGCUAUUAUGAUGGCUUCACAAAGUCUUAUGUGUGGUCAUCAAGAAGUUAUGAUUGCCGGUGGUAUGGAAAGCAUGUCAAAUGUACCCUAUUAUUUUCCACGAGGUGAUACACCAUACGGAACUCUUCAAUUAGAAGAUGGUAUUGCUAAAGAUGGAUUAACUGAUGUUUAUGAUAAAAUUCCAAUGGGUUUAUGUGCAGAAAAGACAGCAAAAAAAGAAGGUCUUAGUCGUGUAGAUCAAGAUAAUUAUGCCAAACAAUCAUAUGAACGAACAGCUAAAGCAUGGAAAGAAGGAAAAUUUAAAGAUGAAGUUAUACCAGUAACUAUAACUACAAAGAAAGGUGACGUUAUUGUAAAAGAAGAUGAAGAAUAUAAAAAAGUUGAUUUUGAAAAAAUGAAAACUUUAAGAACUGUUUUUCAAAAAGAUGGAACAAUUACAGCAGCAAAUGCAUCAAAAAUUAAUGAUGGUGCAGCUGUUUGUCUAUUAAUGACACGUCAAGCAGCUGAUAAACUUGGUUGUAAACCAUUAGCUCGUAUUAUUGCUUUUGCUGAUGCUGAAACUGAUCCAGUUGAUUUUAGUAUUGCACCUACUUUAGCUAUUCCAAAAUGUAAAACUCGUUAG